AUGGGCGGGGAGGUGCCGGAGCCGCGGCGGCUCAGCCGCGCGCUCAGCUUCGGCGUGCCCGACGAGGCGCUGCACCUCGUCAUGGGCUACGUCGACGCCCCGCGCGACCGGGAGGCCGCCUCGCUCGUCUGCCGCCGCUGGCACCGCAUCGACGCGCUCACCCGCAAGCACGUCACCGUCGCCUUCUGCUACGCCGCCGACCCCUCGCGCCUCCUCGCCCGCUUCCCGCGCCUCGAGUCGCUGGCCCUCAAGGGCAGGCCGCGCGCCGCCAUGUACGGCCUCAUCUCCGACGACUGGGGCGCCUACGCCGCGCCCUGGGUCGCACGGCUCGCCGCGCCGCUCGAGUGCCUCAAGGCGCUCCACCUGCGACGCAUGACCGUCACCGACGACGACGUCGCCACGCUCAUCCGCUCCCGCGGCCACAUGCUGCAGGAGCUCAAGCUCGACAAGUGCUCCGGCUUCUCCACCGACGCGCUCCGCCUCGUCGCCCGCUCCUGCAGAUCCUUAAGAACAUUAUUUCUUGAAGAAUGCGUGAUUACUGACGAAGGUGGUGAAUGGCUUCAUGAACUUGCUGUCAACAAUUCUGUUCUUGUGACACUGAACUUCUACAUGACUGAGCUCAAAGUGGUGCCGGCUGAUCUGGAGCUUCUAGCAAAGAACUGCAAAUCAUUACUUUCUUUAAAGAUCAGUGAGUGUGACCUUUCAGACCUGAUUGGUUUUUUCGAAGCAGCCAAUGCAUUGCAAGAUUUUGCUGGAGGAUCGUUCAAUGAGGUAGGAGAGCUAACAAAGUAUGAAAAAGUCAAGUUUCCACCAAGAGUAUGCUUCUUGGGGCUUACGUUCAUGGGGAAAAAUGAGAUGCCUGUUAUCUUCCCCUUUUCUGCUUCAUUAAAGAAGCUGGACUUGCAGUACACUUUCCUCACCACUGAGGAUCAUUGCCAGCUUAUCUCAAAAUGCCCGAACCUAUUUGUUCUUGAGGUGAGGAAUGUGAUAGGAGACAGAGGGCUGGAGGUUGUCGGCGAUACAUGCAAGAAGCUACGAAGACUUCGAAUUGAGCGAGGGGAUGAUGAUCCAGGUCUACAAGAAGAGCAAGGAGGAGUUUCUCAGUUAGGCCUGACAGCGGUAGCUGUUGGUUGCCGAGACCUGGAGUACAUAGCUGCCUAUGUAUCUGAUAUCACCAACGGUGCUCUUGAAUCCAUUGGGACCUUCUGCAAAAAUCUCUACGACUUCCGGCUUGUCCUGCUCGACAGACAAAAGCAGGUAACUGAUCUGCCACUCGACAACGGUGUUCGUGCUCUGUUAAGGAGUUGCACCAAGCUCCGGAGAUUUGCUCUCUACCUGAGACCUGGAGGGCUCUCAGACAUAGGCCUCGACUACAUCGGGCAGUACAGCGGCAACAUUCAGUACAUGCUGCUGGGCAACGUCGGUGAAUCUGACCACGGGUUGAUCCGCUUUGCGAUAGGAUGCACCAACCUGCGGAAGCUUGAGCUUCGGAGCUGCUGCUUCAGCGAGCAAGCCCUGUCCCUCGCGGUGCUCCACAUGCCCUCGCUCAGGUACAUAUGGGUGCAAGGCUACAAAGCCUCUCCAGCAGGCCUCGAGCUCCUGCUCAUGGCGAGGCGAUUCUGGAACAUCGAGUUCACGCCCCCCAGCCCCGAGGGCUUGUUCCGCAUGACGCUUGAAGGAGAACCCUGCGUGGAUAAGCAGGCCCAGGUUCUUGCCUACUACUCCCUUGCUGGGCAGAGGCAGGACUGCCCUGACUGGGUGACCCCGUUGCAUCCAGCUGCAUGA